AUGGGGAGCCUGUUUCUGGUCGAAAAGACCGUAGAAUUUGUAACAGAGUUAGGAUUAGGGACCACAUUCAUAAUGCUUGCAGAGCUGGACUUUGAAGUUGGGACCAAGAUCGAAUCUGAUGGGAUAAAGAAGCUAGGACCCAGGCUUUUUGGAUCAGUGGCUUAUGAUUUUCUCUUGAAAGAGAACCUUUGUAGUGGAGAUGCCAUUAAAAUCGGGUGGAGGGGGGGACCAAUCUCCCGAAAUGGGGGUGGGAUUAACAGGAUGGGACCCUUGAGUAAGAGCUCUAGAUUUGCAAGAACUAUUAUUGGUCAUAAAGGUGGGAAAGUGGGUAGGAAUGUCUUGCUUUUGUGGAUGAGGCAGGAGUUGUUGCCUAUUCUGCGCACUAGGGUGCCCUUAUACAUGAUGAUCAUGGUUAAUCGCUGUUUGUUGUGCUGGUUCUGGGGACAUUUGCUUUGGGAUGGAUCAUGUGCACUGUUUACAUGCAUUGUUCAAGUGCACAGCUUGUUUAAUGCAGCUGCUAGCCUUUCUCCUCUGUUUUCUUCUUUCUUCAGUAGAGUGUUGAUGACCUUUAUCUAUUGUUUUAGCUGGUUCUCCUCAGCUGCCUUUUAUUAUGGUGUCUGCUGCCCUUGGUUUGCUGCCUGGUCUCCAUUGAAGCCUACCACAAUCGCUGGGCACCGUUCACGGCUUUCUUGUUUCACUGCUCUUUGA